AGCAUCCACCGGCAACUGCGAACCGAGAGCUCAAGAAAGCGGCCUUCGCGAACGGAGUCUUUCAACGAGCACAGAGCACGUCCGUUCAUUCCUUCUUUGCAGCUUCACGUCCGGCUAGCCUGCCGCCUCCACCAUCAGCAUGGUGUACGCCUCCGUCGGCGGCAACGGCGGCCCCUCCACGCCCCCCGAGCCGCAUCACGGAGAGGAAGAGGACAGAAACGGGGACCCUCACAGUAAUCAUCCUCAUCAUCAUUCACCGGUGCGACGGGAGUCGGUGGAAAGCCUCCGCCGCGCAGUGGAGGCGCAGGAGACACACGUGUGGAUGCUGCGGACACGCAAAGCGGCACGGGAGCGACUGCUCGCGCGCAUACAAAGUCUGCUGGCCAGGGGAGAUGUCCUCGAGGCGCACCCUGCCGUAGAGCGCAUGGUGCGACAGGCGGAGGAGAGUCUGGAGCAGCUUGUGCAAGCGGAAGGCCUCGCUGCCACCUCCCCGACAACGUCGUUGACGGCAGGAGGAAGGCGCGGGGACACGGAGGAAGGGGCGGAAUCGAUGGGUCUGGAUAGCUCUGCUGAUGCGGCGGUUGACUCGGUAGCUCGUAUUUUUAACAGCGGGGUGGAGGCGCAGCUGGCGGCGGUGGCGGGCGAUCCGCUGCCUCCGUGCCCGGCAUCCACCGAACUCCUCUUUGAGGCGCCGGUGGGCCGGAAAAGUCGGCAGAAGAAGACAGAGGCAAAGCGACGAGGGCGUGCGAGGAGGAAAAGAGGAGCGAAGCAUGUGGACUCCGCAGAAGCACCGGCACGGGGGUCACACGAAGACCCCACACCGCCCUCUAUUGUCUACGGCGCAACCACCAAGGCGCUGUUGGCAAAAUCAGCUUCGAGAGAAGAGGCGGGCCGCGCCGCGAUGGCGACGGCGUUGGAGUCUCUUCAGCGUGUACUGCAGGCAGGCCCGGGAGUGACCAACGCAGCACACACUGUCGCAGGUACAACUACGACUCCGCCUGCGUGGUUGCUGGUGGAGGAAGAGGUCGGUGUCCGCGUAGCGCAGGAUGCGACGCCACCGUCACCGCCGCCGCCGCAACAGCAGCAGCCAGUGCCUCGAGUCCGUCGUAGUCGUUCCCCCAGCGUUGCAGCAAGCACGGAGGAGUACAGCGACGACUUCGAUGUCCGCAGCGAACAGAGCGCACCCGAAGACGGACACGAGACCGUUGAUGUCGCUGCAGUUGCUGCUGAGGAGAAGGGGGAUGAGAAGCACUGA